AUGGGUUGGCAUAGUCUAUCCACGACCUUGGGCCUUGUCACCUCUCUGCUGGCUCUCACCGUCUGCGGCCAAAAUGACAACCUCGGCCUCAAAAACGGAUAUAUCUCCCUGUCCACGGGCAAUUGGGACCUGAAGCUCGCCAAAGAUGCUCAGGUUCUCGCAUCGCUCACACCCAAGGGGAACUCCUUUGAUUUCCUCCCCUUUGACUAUCUCCCCGUCCGCACCGAGAAUGAGCAAUAUCACAACGGGGAUAUCACCUUCAGCUACCGCGCCACCGGGGGAAACCAAUGGGUUGAAGUAGAUUCCGCGAAGUCUCGCAAGGCCGUGACCGUCGUCCAGGUUAAGGAUGCACUGGCAGCCGCCGACUUGACCCCGACUUUGCCUGCUAACUCGUCGCUCCGCAUCAUCCGCAAAUGGGUCGAUGUCGACGGCGACUUGGGCCUGUCCUUUACUAUCACCAAUGCUGCCAACCAAGACAUUGAAAUCGGUAGCCUGGGCUUCCCCACCGAGUUCAACAGUAUCUUCACUAACCGGACCCCGGAGGAGAUGUCGGCCAAGUGCUCGCUGACUGACCCUUAUAUUGGCAUGGACGCUGGCUAUCUGCAGAUCACACCAACAUCUGGCACGGGGGAAGCGUUGAUUGUGACACCCUUGGGCAACACAAGCACCCCGUUUGAAGCGUGGCGCAAUAUUGAUGAGCCCUACUUUGACUCCACCGCAUACGGGAGUCAAACCUUCGAGGGAUUCUACGAGUGGCUGGUGCACUCCAAGGCCUACGCCGACACGGAAUGGCGCAACGCCAAACCCUGGAAUCCUCCCACCUCGCGCAUCCUGAAAGCCGGACAGUCUACAACUGUCGGUCUGCGCUUCUCCAGAGUGAAGGACGGCAUCCGCGGUAUCCAGAAGGCGGUGCGUGCCACCAACACCCCCCUCACGAUUGGGACGGGAUACGUGGUCCCCCAAGACCAAACUGUUCAACUGCACAUCCUUGCACCGACCGACGUCGUCUUGGUGGUCAGCGAGGGGAAUGCAUUGACCGUCACCCGGAAGGAAAACACCCUGUCGCUGGCUCCCACCGGAUCCGCCUGGGGCCGCAACCGGCUCACCAUCACCUAUGCCGAUGGCAAGAGCCAAACAGUCCACUACUUCAUUACGGAGUCGGCCCCAGACGCCGUCGCCCGUCUGGGCCAAUUUUCUACGUCAACCAUGUGGUUCACUGAUAGGUCGGAUCCCUUUGGCCGCGCCCCUUCCAUCAUGUCGUAUGAUGCCUCUACUAGAAAGCCCCUCCUCCAGGAUCCGCGCGUCUGGAUUGCGGGGCUGAGCGACGAAGGUGGUGUCAUCUACAUGGCGACGGCAAUGAAACAGAGCGCCCACCCGGACGCCAAAGAGAUUGCCAAGCUGGAGGAGUUCGUCAGCAAGAUGCUCUUCCCCACGAUCCAGAAUGGAGGUAACCUGGUCCGCAAAAGCAUAUUCUUCUACGAGCCCUCCGCCGUGCCAGGGUAUUCGUACAGCAAGUCCAUUGACUGGGGCAACUGGUGGUCGUGGAACAAGGCCGAUUCCUACUCCACCCAACGGUCAUAUGAUUAUAUCCACGUCGUCGCCACGUACUGGGCGCUGUAUCGCGCCGGUCGUGACCAGCCGGGGUUGCUGAAACAAAACACCUGGCAGUGGUAUCUCGGCCGCGCCGUUAAUACCACCAUUGCUUGCUUUGCAACCGACUCCGCCGGCAGGGAGCUGGUGCAAUACUCGCGGGUUGGCCAGAUGGGCGAGACGGUGAUCGGUGAACUUCUCCAUGAUCUGCGCCGCGAAGGGUGGUCCAAGGAGGCAGAUGCAGUGGAGGUGUCCAUGAAAAAACGCGCAGACUUGUGGAACUCCCAAGCAGAGCCGUUUGGCAGUGAGAUGGCGUGGGAUUCGACGGGACAGGAGGGUGUGUACUACUGGUCCAACUAUUUCAAACUCACCAAUACCGCGACCAAGUCAAUCAAUAGCAUUCUGGGAUAUAUGCCUACUGUUUCUCACUGGGGCUGGAACGGCAAUGCCCGGCGCUAUUGGGAUUUUAUCUACGCCGGAAAGCUACAGCGCAUCGAACGUAUGAUCCACCACUAUGGCUCCAGUCUCAAUGCCAUUCCCCUGCUCGCACAAUUCCGCCAGCAGCCCAAGGACACCUACCUUCUCCGCGUUGGCUACGGCGGUGUCUCUGGCCCCCUGACCAACAUUCGCCAGGACGGCUCCAUGUACAACGCCUUCCACUCGUUUCCCGACACCCUCGCGGGCGAUGACUACUCGGGGGAUUACGGGCCGAAUUUCUUGGGUGUUAUGCUCGCGUCCGCCACGUACGUUGUCGAGGACCCGGAUCUGGGGCUAGUUGCGUACGGCGGCAACCUCGCCGUAAAUGGACAGGCGGUGACAGUCCAGCCUCGCGAUGCAGUUCGCCAGCGGGUGUACAUAGCGUCCAUGGGAGUCUACAUCGUCACCAGCUCCGGCUGGAUUGAUCAGUUUUCUUUCGCAAGAACGAACGCCAAGCAAGUGACGGUGCGCCUUGUCCCCGGGCCGUCCAAGGCUACAUCGGCAAUUGUCUGGGUUGAGAGUCCUGGCACAAGCACUCAGUACAAAGUCACCUCGCAGGCCAAGGCAAUGCGCGGAGGAUGGCAGGUGCAGCUGGCCAAUGGUGGGGUGGAAGUGACCGUAGCCUCUGCGUAG